AAAAUGCGGAUAACUUUGUUGAUUUGGAUUCUGCACCUCAUGAUUCUUACAGAAGGCCAAGAUAACACAAGACGAAGCGCCUCUGUGAGCAGAGUCUGUCCUGCAGGUUGCGCGACAUGCUCUGCCCUGAACGGCUGUCUGUCCUGCAAACCUCGCCUCUUCUUCCACUUGGAGCUGGACGGGAUGCGGCAGAGGGGCUCCUGCUUGUCAUCCUGUCCCCGGGGUCACUAUGGCAGGCGCUUUCCAAACAUCGGCACCUGCACAAGGUGCAAGGAGGAGUGCGCUUCCUGCUUCAGUGAACAUUUCUGCACUCAUUGUCACCCGGGUCACUUCCUGUCCGGGGGGAAAUGUGGAAGCAGCUGUCCAAUCGGGUUCACUGCGAACAGGGUACUCCGUGAAUGCACAGUGUCGGAGUGCUGUGCAGGCUGUGAAGUGUGUGUAAGAAGGAACAUGUGUGUGAGGUGUAGAGCAGACCUGUACUUUCUCCACGGCCAGUGUCAUCUCACCUGCCCGAAGGGAUUCGAGCCGGAUGUGCUGAUAAUGCAAUGCGUCCCCCAAGUCCACUGCCAGGUAGGAAGAUGGACAGGUUGGGGUCCAUGUGUACGGAAAAGAAGCAGGCGGGCCUACAGGAGGGGACAGGAGAUGCGUAACCGAGAAGUUCUGAAGUCUCCGAGUGUCUCUGGUGAACCCUGCCCUCCCGUGUUUCAGAUCAGGAAGUGUGCCAUCAAAAAGAGACCAAAGAGUCCAAGUGGGUAGAUUAAGUUGUAAAAGAGCCCGUUACAGACUGUUUAUUGAUAUUGCAGAGGUAUUCAACUUGCUUUUGCACAUUUACAUUGACUGGUUAAACUUUUGUAAAUGUAGAGAUGUAUUAAUCUAAAAUAAAACUGAUUUUUCUAUGCAAUCCAACAGAAAUUGGAAAAAUGG